CUUCCCCCGAAGUUCUUGACAGAUCCGACUCCAGAUUGAGAGAAUUCAAGAUGGCUGCUACAGGUUGUAAGUAAAGACGGAACUACUGGUUCAUGCUGCUGUGCAUGAAGCUGUCCUGAGGUUGCAGUGUUGCAAGUGCAAGUACUACAUCCCCAAGCUCCUCUUGCCUCUCAUCAUGUCCUCCACCUCUUCCUCCUAUUCCUCCUCGGGGGAGACUAGUCCAGAGGAUGUACCCCGAGGUGGGGGCACCAUCCGAGUCUACCUCCCAAACAAACAGAGGACAGUGGUGAAUGUUCGUGGAGGACAGACUGUGUACGAGAGUCUAGACAAAGCACUCAAAGUGAGAGGCCUAAGCCAAGACUGCUGUGCUGUGUUCCGCCUUCUAGAAGGUCGUAAGAGACUGACAGACUGGGACACAGACAUCACUCCUCUGGUUGGAGAGGAGCUUUUAGUCGAGGUCCUUGAUGACAUUCCCCUCACCAUGCACAACUUUGUACGGAAAACCUUCUUCAAGCUAGCUUACUGUGAUUUUUGCCACAAGUUUCUUUUUAAUGGCUUCAGAUGUCAGACAUGUGGCUACAAAUUUCACCAGCACUGUAGUAGCAAGGUCCCUACUGUUUGCGUCGACAUGGAUACUGUGAGCAAACGGUGUGAUCCUAAUCCUUGCACAGAUGAGUACCCACAGAUACUAUUGCCAGAAAAUUCCCCUUCACAGAGCAACCUAGCCUUAACCCCAGAGCCUGCUGGGAUGGACCUCUUGUCCCCAACCUCAGCCUUUCACUUCCCCAUGCCUGGAGGAGAUGGCCAGUCCCUACAGAGGCAUCGCUCCACCUCCACUCCCAAUGUUCAUAUGGUCAGCACAGUGGGCCCUGUUAGUGCCAGCAUGAUCGAGGAAGCACUGAAAUACAACAUCCCAACGGGUCCUGAGCCCUCACCGAAGCCCUCCACCAGCCCACCCUCUUCCCUUGGCUCUCCAGGUAGGAGACCACCAAAGUCUCCCUCAGAGCACAAGGAGCGCAAGCCCUCCUCAUCCGAUGACAAAAAGAAAGUGCACCGAGGUGGCUACAGAGACUCGAGUUACUACUGGGAGGUCCACUCUCGAGAAGUUAACAUUCAGAAGAGAAUAGGUGCUGGCUCCUUUGGGACAGUCUUCAAGGGGAAAUGGCAUGGAGACGUGGCAAUCAAGAUCCUCAAGGUCACUGAACCAACGCCUGAACAGUUACAGGCCUUCAAAAAUGAAAUGCAGGUCUUACGGAAGACCCGCCACGUCAACAUCCUGCUUUUCAUGGGCUACAUGACUAAGCCCAACUUUGCCAUCAUCACACAGUGGUGUGAAGGCAGCAGCCUGUACCGCCAUCUGCAUGUCUCUGAAACCAAGUUUGAGACAAUGAGGCGCAUUGAUGUGGCCAGACAGACGGCACAGGGCAUGGAUUACCUUCAUGCGAAGAACAUAAUUCACCGAGAUCUGAAAUCAAAUAAUAUAUUUCUCCAUGAGGGCUGGACUGUUAAGAUAGGCGACUUUGGCUUGGCCACAGUGAAGUCUCGGUGGAGCGGCUCUCAACAGGUGGAACAGCCGAGUGGAUCCAUUCUCUGGAUGGCUCCUGAGGUGAUCCGGAUGCAGGACAGCAACCCAUAUACGUUCCAGUCUGACGUAUACGGCUAUGGAGUAGUGCUGUUUGAGCUGAUGUCGGGGACCCUGCCUUACUCCAAUAUCAACAACAGAGACCAGAUAAUCUUUAUGGUUGGACGUGGUUACCUGUCUCCCGACCUCAGUAUGCUGUAUAGUACCUCUCCCAAGUCAAUGAAAAGGCUGAUUAUUGACUGCCUGAAGUUUAAACGUGAUGAGAGGCCCCUGUUUCCACAGAUCCUGGUGUCCAUUGAGCAGGUACAAGACCUGCUGCCAAAAAUCGAGCGGAGUCGCUCAGAGCCAUCGCUCCAUCGGGCCGUCCAUGCCGAGGAACUGAAUCCCCUCCUGUUCCACACCACCAGGCUAUUGCCCCUUUAAGCUCCCUGCAGCAGUGGGCAGAGAGGCUGUCAUUCAGUCCAACACCACAUCAUUCCUGUGCCUCGGAGAGGCCACAGCUGGACCUCCUGACAGACCACGACCCCCCCAACUCACUCUCUGCCCCCACAGAGCCUUGGAGCUUCACCACUCAGUAACAAAGUGCAGAAAUAACCUUAAAAUGUUGCUUAGAGUGAUAGUGAAUGUUGUUCUUCUUUAUACAAGUCAUAAAUAUCUGGUCACUCAUGAAAUAAUGGUUGACUGUAUCUAGAAGUAAGUUGAAAUGCCUAAGAUCAGGCCGACAGAGAAAAUUCAUCUAACAGGUUGACUUCAUGAGACACUGACCUUAUGCGGGUUACAGGACGUUGACUUGUUUUGACAAAAAUGUAAAAUCAUUAUGUUUUACAUGUGCACUGCAAAAUUGCACUGCCUAUUUCCAACAGUAAAAUAGUCUUACUCAGACCUUUGAGGAGCACUGUGAUCAUGGUCAAACAUUUGAAUCUGUUUAACUCAGCCAUGAUGCCUGUUGGUUCAGGUCACCUGAUUAGCUUACAUACUUCAAAUACUCUGUGGUAAUGCGCCUCUUUUGGUGUAAUGUAAUGUAAAUGAGGUUGAAGUGCUGAGAUGUGAAGCAAGUGAUUUCAAAGCAGAUGAAGUGCCUGUUUGAGAGUGUUUUUUUUUAUUAAAGAUAGGAUAUUUUGUCUCAAUUGGAACCUCCAGUCAUUCCUGCAGACACAAACAAUAUAUUUAAUUACAACAACAAAGCAGCCUGAGUAGGCAGAGGGAGACACACUAAGACCUUUAGAAUAGGUUUGUACAGGUUUGUCCAUACACUGAGCUAUGCAGAACUUUUGAACUAUGUGAAACUGUCUGCAUAUAGAAGCAUAGCAGUGAAAGACCAAUUCUUUAGAAUAGCAUUUCUUUAUAUGGACAGAUGUCCUUAAGCAGGCACUCCUUUGUCUUUCAAAUUACCAACUCCUUUUGAACCCAAGCAUCUAUCGACCCACCUGUCAACUGUCACAGGUCAAACACCAAAAGAGGAUUUUUACGUGUGGAAGUUGAGUUGUCCAAGCAGGACCUGGUCAUGUUGGCUGUAAAUUCAAACCAGAGAUAAGCAUUAGAUAAAGAUGUGCAUUCUAAUUCCCAUUUUUAAGUCUUAAAACCAAAUUGUCUGAGAACAAUACAACUGGCCAAAUUUAA